AUGCCUACCGCCGGCCUCAAGACCAUCAUCGCCCUCUCCUUCGUCCUCGCCGUGGGCUUCCUCCUCGUCAUCCUCUCCUGCGCCCUCUACAAAGUCUACUACCCGCUCCUCGUCGUUGCCACGUACGUCCUCGCGCCGCUGCCCAACUGGAUCUGCGGCCGGUGCGCCAACCCGGACGACUUUGUCGAGACGGGCGGCGCGGCGGUGCUCGACCUGGGGAGGUUCUUUACUGGCUUCUUCGUUGUCAUGGGAAUCGCUCUCCCCGUUGUCCUUGCGCAUUCCGACCUCAUCCGAGUCGAAGCCAUGAUCAUGUCCAUCACCGGUGGCUUGCUGAUCUACGGGACCAUCAUCAGCUUCGGCAUGUUCUUCCAGGAAGAGCAGGAGUUUUAA